UUGUGCACCAAGGAGCUCUCAAAAAGUGCCAAUCACCUUCUCAUCGUAAACAUGCACAGGAAAUUCUGUCGAACUUCUUCCAGUAGUUACAGGAAAGGGGUUUUGUUUCUUUUGAGUAUGUUAACUGUUUCUUGUCAAUUAACGCAGGCUGCUGCAGGAUAUCCUGCUAGGCUGUGAGGAAAGGCUGCUGCUGUAGAACUUUCCCCUGGUCCGGUUGCUGUUUUGCUCUUAAGAUCUUUAGAUCCAGGAAGCUACAUCUUUGACCUUAGAGCCUUUUGCUAAAUUUAAUGGCAAAAUCAGUGCUUUAAUUAAGCCAAAAAGGUGAAAAAGAAAACUGUCUAAUCAAAGAGCAAAGAUGCAGAGCACUUCAAAUUACCUGUGGCUGUUGUCUGACAUUCUAGGACAGGGAGCUACUGCAAAUGUUUUCCGGGGACGACAUAAGAAAACUGGGGAUUUAUAUGCUGUCAAAGUAUUUAACAGUAUAAGUUUCCUUCGUCCUGUGGAUGUUCAGAUGCGAGAGUUUGAAGUGUUGAAGAAACUAAAUCAUAAGAACAUUGUCAAAUUGUUUGCCAUCGAAGAAGAGACAACGACUAGACACAAAGUACUAGUUAUGGAAUUUUGCCCAUGUGGGAGUUUAUAUACAGUUUUAGAGGAGCCAUCUAAUGCCUUUGGUUUGCCAGAGUCUGAGUUCUUAAUUGUUUUGAGAGAUGUGGUGGCUGGGAUGAAUCAUCUCCGGGAGAAUGGAAUAGUGCACCGUGACAUCAAACCAGGCAAUAUAAUGCGUGUUAUAGGUGAAGAUGGUCAGUCUGUUUACAAACUUACAGACUUUGGUGCUGCAAGAGAACUUGAAGAUGAUGAACAAUUUGUUUCUCUCUAUGGCACAGAAGAGUAUUUACAUCCUGAUAUGUAUGAGCGAGCAGUUUUGAGGAAAGAGCAUCAGAAAAAGUAUGGAGCAACGGUUGAUCUGUGGAGCAUUGGGGUGACCUUUUACCAUGCUGCAACGGGGAGUUUGCCUUUCCGACCUUUUGAAGGACCUCGUAGAAACAAGGAAGUGAUGUAUAAAAUAAUCACUGGAAAGCCUUCUGGUGCUAUUUCUGGAAUACAGAAAGCAGAAAAUGGACCAAUUGAAUGGAGCUGGGAGAUGCCCAUUUCUUGUAGUCUUUCAAAGGGUCUGCAGGUACUGCUCACGCCUGUCCUUGCAAAUAUUCUUGAAGCAGACCAGGAAAAAUGCUGGGGAUUUGACCAGUUCUUUGCAGAGACUAGUGACAUACUGCACCGAAUAAUAAUCCACAUCUUUUCACUACAGCAGAUGACCUUGCACAAAGUUUAUAUUCACAGCUAUAAUACAGCUGCUAUAUUUCAUGAGUUGGUCUACAAACAGACAAAAAUACCAUCUCAGAAUCAAGAACUACUAUAUGAAGGUCGGCGUUUAAUACUAGAGCCUGGCAGAUUGGCACAGCACUUCCCCAGAACAACUGAGGAGAAUCCUAUCUUUGUAGUAAGCAGGGAGGCUGUGAACAUUGUCGGAUUAAUCUAUGAAGAAGUUUUACUUCCUAAAGUACAUCAACGUUAUGAUUUGGAUGGGGAUGCCAGUAUGGCUAAAGCAGUAACAGGUAUCGUAUGUUAUGCCUGUAGAGUUGCCAGUUCUUUGCUACUUUACCAGGAGCUGAUGCGAAAAGGAAUACGAUGGCUAAUUGAAAUCAUCAAGGAUGAUUACAAUGAAAUGGUUCAUAAAAAGGCAGAGGUUGUCAUCAGGCUGGAUUUCUGCAGCAGAAACAUUGAGAAAGCUGAGAAAAUAUAUGAGAAUUUGAUGCAGAUCAACUUGGAAGCAUCAGAAGUGGAUGAAAUUUCAGAGAUACACACAAAACUGUUGCGGCUCUCCAGCUCUCAGGGCACAAUAGAAACUAGUCUUCAAGAUAUCAAAAACAAACUUUCUCCUGGUGGUUUACUGGCUGACACCUGGGCAAAUCAGGAAGGCAUGCAUCCAAAAGACAGAAAUCCAGAAAGGCUGCAGGCACUGCUAUGUUCCAUCACAGAUAUUUAUUAUCAGUUCAAAAAAGACAAAGCAGAACGAAGGCUUCCUUAUAAUGAAGAACAAAUUCACAAGUUUGACAAGCAGAAGCUGUAUUUGCAUGCUACAAAAGCCAUAGCUCUAUUCAAAGAUGAAUGUGUCAGCAAAUAUGAUGCAUUUUUGGACAAGGCUGAGGACUGGACAAGGAAAAUGCUUCACACAAGGAAGCAGUUACUGGCUCUCACCAACCAGUGUUUUGAUAUUGAAGAAGAGGUAUCCAAAUACCAGGAUUAUAUAAAUGAGUUACAAGAUGCUCUGCCACAGAAAAUGUUUGCAGCUUCCAGUGGGGUGAAACAUACAAUGAAUACAGUCUAUCCAAGCUCAAACACAUUAGUUGAAAUGACUCUUGGUAUGAAGAAACUAAAGGAGGAAAUGGAAGGGGUUGUUAAAGAGCUGGCUGAGAACAAUCACAUUUUGGAAAGAUUUGGUGCUUUGACUGCAGAUGGUGGCCUGCGGAACGUGGACUGUAUCUAGCUUUCAAAGGACCUGAAGAGGACUUGUAAAUUUUUUCAGAGGGGAAAAAAAUACUGUUGGGACAUUUAAAGGCAGAUAAUAAAUCUGUAUCCAGAGGUUUUUUUCCCCUCUACAACUGUAGUAUUAAAAAAUGUAAAUAUGUAUAAUAUGUAAAUAUGAAAGAAAUAUAUAUCUUUUUUUGGUCCAUGUUAGGAUAGAAUUACUCCUGGCAGGGAAUUUAGCUCCUUGGGGGAUCUCUGACAAAGUCCUAAAGGCAAGUGUGUUGUUAAUGAAAUUGGCAUUUUUUUGCUUUGAAUAUUGCCCUUUUUGUCAGAAUGCGAUUUAGUCUUUAUUGCAAGAGGACUUCCAGAACUCUGAACAUUAUGAAUAGCCUUUAAAGGGUGUUCUGAGUUUCCUUUAAGCACCACUGUUAUUGCGGAGUCCAGCUGAAUGACUGUGAUCAUCACAGAACAUGUUUUAAAUGACAUCUUUUGAAAUAAGUGUGAACAGGGACUGAAAGCACAGAUAGGACUGAGUGGAAAUGCAUUUGUCUGUCUUUCACAACCAAACUGUUAGUUCACUUCUUACUUGAGAAAACAAAUUCACAAAAUUUUGUGAAGUUCCUCUCCAUAUGUGGUGCUCUGUUGUCUGUAAUCAUUUGACUGCUCUGUAUAUAGAAGUUUUGCACUCCGGGUUGUCAGACUGAAUAGAAAACCUCCUUUUUUAAAGUAGAGCAUUUUCAGAAUUUCCCUGAAAUCUUGUUGCUCACCGCAAAAGAAGCGGGUUCUUGAAAUAGCUUUUUGAGAAUCCUGUUUGCAGGCAUAACUUUUUAAAAAGGUUAAAAAUCCAUAUUAGGAGAAUUUGCAGGCAAUUAGUAGACUAGGUAGCAUCAUGCCUCACUAGUAAUUGAAUAUUGGAAAACUAAGUUACUGGUGUAGUAGUACUGAAAGUACUACUCUCAGUACUACAUGAUUAGGUUGCAGAGAAGCAGAAUGAAACAGUCUGCUCCAAAACACCUAAGAGAGGAGAAAGAGAAGAGGAAAACAAACAAAGAAAAACUCAGAAAACAUCCCUUACUUUGUUUGGAUACUACAGGUGUCCUUGGUUGUUUCAGCCGAAGAGCAUGCAAAUAUUGCAGGACUCAUUCUUUCCUUGCGGAAACCUGGACGUGGAUGUCCAGUGGUGUCCAAUAGCACUUCUAAUUGCUAUAUUACAUCUGUAAGAAGAGCUGCACCAACUACAUAUAGAAUUUUCCAUAAUUAAUGGUGAAACAUUUAGGUGUAAACUAAACAGCGGUAAUCUGUGAUAGCACCUGAUAGUUUUGUGAUGCUUAUUCCCUGCUUACAUGUUGAGGUCAGAAUACAAAACAUUUCCAUUGCAUUUUUUUUUAGUAUUUGAAUAGAAACUUAUGAAAUUUAUAAUUGAUUCUUUCAUUGUUAAAAGAGGAGGAAAUUCACUGCCUUGAUGUCUGAGACCUGCUUUCCAGUGUCUUGGUGAGAAUCAAAGAUUAAAAGGGAAUUCAGAUGUUUUUACACCCACAUGAGCAGCAGGCUUUGUCCCCAGAAAAAAUCUAGCUAUGCAAAAGGAGUGCAACAGUUUGCUACGUGUUUUUCUCCUGAUUAGCCGUGGCAUUCUCAACUGUUUGUUUUAAAAUACUGGAAUCAUGUCUAACUGGAGUGUUUAAAUGCCUGCUUGUACACUUGUUCAUUCAUGUCCACAGUCUCACUGAGUGUCAGUGAAACACAUGCAUUAAGUGUUACAAGAAUUGAUUGGGCUUUUGAACUGUGCAAAAAUUACAUUUUUUUCCCAAUAUUAUGUCUGUAACACUUUGUUAAUUUUGCAAGAAAUGAAGUGUUAGCUGAAGUACAUAACUGUCGACUUCUUUAUACUGAAGCAGUCUGAAAAACAAAGUUAAUUGCAGUAACAAUAUAGUCUGUAUAUUGAAGUACGUGUGGCAUUCUUUUACAUGAUUGAAAAUGUUAUAUUUUAUGUUCAUUUUAAACAUUGCUGGUUUUAGUGUUGCUAAAUACAUCAGUAAUCUUAAUCUUGUUAAAAUUUCUUUUUCUAAAGCAAUUUUAACUCAGCAGUAGCUAAGGAACUUGAAGUAAUCAGUUCAUAAUUUACUGAUUACGUUCUUAUGAAGCAAAUAUAUUUUUCACGCCAAAGCAUAGUGUAUAAUACCAUGAAUUUUUUGCUCAAACUAAGUGUCCUGAUACUCUCAGUCAUGCUACUGAUUUGCCAAAAGAAGUAAUAGAAAGUAAUAUAUGGUUCUUCCUCCUCAAGCUGGUUUACUGGUUUUGGGGGGUUUAGCUUAGUAUAUUAAUUAUCUGUUACUUGAACAAACCUGUUUUCAUAUGAACUGUGAAAAUGCAUGAGUGAAUGACUUAAUGACAUAAAUACAUCAUCAGCCACUUACUGUA